AUGCCGAAAGUAGCCACGGCGGAACCUCCUACCGACUGCGCCACACCGCCCCCAGGAGCGGAGAUGUCGCGCAAAAGCAGAUUGCUUGCAGUGUUCACAGCACCUUACGUUAACUCACAGACGGCUGUUUCUAGGAUUACGGGAAAAAUUACUAUGCGUUCGGUAAGGGAUCAGGUAAUAAUGCUGGCCAUCCAGGAGGAGCUCAGUCAAGAGAUCAAUGCGGAUAACACAGCCCGAGCCUUAGCCUGCACACGAGGGAAGGAGCGAGGAGCAAGAUUCUGUGGCCUUCUGCGAAUUGCAGAAACUGGCACUGGAAAUCGAAUAGCACAUACAGAUGUGCGAGGUUUCUCAAAUGUCGCUAUGGAUCGGGCAGAUCGUAUCGCGGCGGCAGCACGAGCUGCAAGUGUUUGCGAAUGCUGA